GGAAAGGCUGAGCAGUUGCAAAUUCUCCGCCGCGGCGUGGGUAGCAGGGAGCGUCCCAUCCCCUGCAGCCGGGGAGCCGGGCAGCAGCUGACAGAGAGCGGAUAAGGCGCCCCUGUCUGUCCUCCUCCUUGCACCCUCCGUCCCCUACCUGCGCCGCCGCCGAGCGUCUGCAGCUUCUCGGCUCCAGUGCAACAGGGCGGAUAGUGGCAGCCCACGGGGAUCCGCUCAGAAACCAGCCGAGAUCCAGCGACCCUGCCCCUCUCUCAUCAGCACAGGCAGAGCCCUGGGCUGGACAGAGUCAUGACCGCUGAAAAGACUAUUCCCAUAAUUAAUGGCAAGCCAGAAGAUGCUUUGGACCCUGAAGCCUCAAGUACCAACCUGGUCCACAGCAAUGAUAAGAAAGUGCACGAAAGAGGCCACUGGAACAAUAAGGUUGAAUUUGUGCUUUCUGUGGCAGGGGAGAUUAUUGGGUUGGGAAAUGUGUGGAGAUUCCCAUAUCUUUGCUACAAGAAUGGAGGAGGUGCUUUCCUCAUUCCAUAUGUGAUUUUCUUUAUUUGCUGUGGAAUACCAGUAUUUUUCCUGGAGACCGCCCUGGGACAGUUUACUAGUGAAGGAGGUAUUACAUGUUGGAGAAAAGUUUGCCCGCUGUUUGAAGGUAUUGGAUAUGCUACCCAAGUUAUUGAAGCACAUUUAAAUAUUUAUUACAUCAUCAUUUUAGCAUGGGCUAUCUUCUAUCUAUUUAAUUGCUUUACCACAGAGCUCCCUUGGGCCACUUGUGGCCAUGAAUGGAAUACAGAAAACUGUGUGGAAUUUCAGAAACUUAAUAUGAGCAACUGCAGUCAACUCUCUUUACAAAAUGCCACAUCUCCAGUCAUGGAAUUCUGGGAACGCAGGGUGUUAGCCAUAUCUGAUGGAAUUGAACAUAUUGGGAAUCUCCGCUGGGAUCUGGCAUUGUGUCUCCUCGCUGCUUGGACUAUCUGCUACUUUUGCAUUUGGAAAGGAACAAAGUCAACUGGAAAGGUGGUAUAUGUAACAGCUACAUUCCCGUAUGUCAUGCUACUGAUUCUUCUGGUUCGAGGAGUAACAUUACCAGGGGCUUCUGAAGGAAUAAAAUUCUACUUGUAUCCUGACCUAUCCCGAUUGUCUGACCCACAGGUCUGGGUGGAUGCUGGCACGCAGAUAUUUUUCUCUUAUGCCAUCUGCUUGGGAUGCUUGACAGCCCUGGGGAGUUACAACAACUACAAUAACAACUGCUACAGGGACUGCAUUAUGCUCUGCUGCUUGAACAGUGGCACGAGCUUUGUUGCUGGUUUUGCCAUCUUUUCAGUCCUUGGUUUCAUGGCUUAUGAACAAGGGGUGCCCAUAGCAGAAGUUGCAGAAUCAGGGCCGGGACUUGCAUUCAUUGCCUACCCAAAAGCUGUCACCAUGAUGCCUCUUUCUCCGCUAUGGGCAGCUUUGUUUUUCAUGAUGCUAAUAUUCCUUGGAUUAGAUAGUCAGUUUGUGUGUGUUGAAAGCCUUGUGACAGCUGUGGUGGAUAUGUACCCAAAGAUUUUCCGAAGAGGAUACAGAAGGGAACUGUUGAUUCUUGCUCUUUCGAUUGUGUCAUACUUUGUUGGCCUAAUAAUGUUAACAGAGGGUGGAAUGUACGUUUUCCAGCUGUUUGACUCCUAUGCAGCCAGUGGAAUGUGCCUUCUUUUUGUGGCUAUAUUUGAAUGCAUCUGCAUAGGCUGGAUUUACGGCAGCAAUCGCUUUUAUGAUAACAUCGAAGAUAUGAUCGGGUACAGACCAUUGUCGUUAAUUAAAUGGUGUUGGAAGGUCCUAACUCCUGGUAUUUGUGCUGGAAUCUUCAUCUUUUUCCUGGUGAAAUAUAAGCCUUUGAAAUACAACAAUGUUUAUACAUACCCAGACUGGGGCUAUGGGAUAGGCUGGAUGAUGGCCCUCUCAUCCAUGGUUUGUAUUCCUUUGUGGAUCUGCAUUAAGUUGUGGAAGACAGAGGGAACCAUUCUAGAGAAAUUCAGGAAGCUGGUCAUACCUAGCCCAGAUCUGAAGAUGAGAGGAAAGCUUGGAGCAGGGGCAUAUGCUGCUACAGUAAAUGAUUGCGAUGCCAAACUGAAAGGUGAUGGCAACAUUUCAGCCAUCACAGAAAAGGAGACACAUUUCUGA